AUGGCAAGGAAAAGAAGAAGAAGAGAACAGCGAACAGACCAAUCUCAUUCAUUCGCUUGUUGUUUCGUAAUCGAUAAACUAUCUGGCGAAGACUUUUAUGAAUUACUGGGAAUAACAAAAUCAGCAACGCAACGUGACAUACGCCGUGCAUUUAAACGUUUGGCACUUGAGAAACAUCCGGAUAAACGAACGGGCGAUCCGAAUGCCCAUGCAGAUUUCGUUCGAAUCAAUCGUGCUUAUGAGAUCUUACGUGAUGAUGAAUUGAGAAAAAAGUAUGAUACCUAUGGCGAAGAAGGUCUCAAAGAUGAUUUCAAUCGAGGAAAUCAGUAUCAAUCGUGGAAUUUCUAUCAACAGAAUUUCGGAAUUUAUGACGAAGAUCCAGAAAUCAUCACACUCAGUCGAUCUGACUUUCUGCAAUCGGUUGAGGGCUCACAAGAUGUAUGGUUCAUUAACUUCUAUUCUCCUCAGUGUUCACAUUGUCACGAUCUUGCACCAGUGUGGCGUGAAAUAUCGAAAAUUCUCGAAGGUGUUAUUCGCAUUGGUGCAGUAAACUGUCAAGACGAAUGGAUGAUGUGUAACGAACAAGGUAUUCAAGGGUAUCCGGCUUUGCGUAUUUAUCCAAAACGUGAUACUUACGGAGGACCACGUGAUAAAGAUAUCUUAAUACGUUAUGCGAUGAGUUUUGUUAAAGCGAACGUAGUGAAAUUCGAUGAUCGAAUGUUUCGAACAUUUCAAUUUGAAAAUAAGAAACCGUGGUUAAUAUCGUUCUGUCGAGAAGUUGACGAAGGCGACUGUCUCGACGAUGAUCAAGUCUAUAAACUGGCUGUCAUGUUGAAUAAUCUUGUGCAAGUUGGUAGUGUGAAUUGUCAAGCGGAUCCGAUUGUUUGUCAACAACUGAAACCAUACAGUACGAUUCUCUUCUAUAAAGCUGAGCAGUUCCCAAUCGGCGAAAGUUACUCAAUUACCACAAAAAAUAUCAAAGAAAUCGUCACACAAAUUUUAGCAUUGCUGCCUGACUUAUCAUUGGUCACCGAAGAUCAUCUUCAACGAUUAAGAAAUCAUUUGAAAGACAGUUCGGUGGCUAAACCAUGGCUAAUUCAUUUCCAUGAUCAAACCAAUAACGAAAAAGAUCUUGAUUUGAGAAAAUUGCCAUCGAUGUUAAUUGAUUUCAAUGUCGGUCGUUUCGAUUGCUCAACAUCACCCAAUGUUUGCAAUGAUUUAUACAUAUUUAAAAAGCCGGCUUUCGUCUUAUUUAAGCGUGGCGGUCACUAUGAAUUCUAUUAUGGUCGCCACACAUCGAGCGAUAUAGCUGGUUUCGUUCGUGAAAAUGCUUUUUCGCCAUUACGCGCAUUGACUCCAGCAGAUUUUCCAGCUGUCAAAACCGACGCGAAGCCAUACAUCAUCGAUUUCUUCUCACCAUUUUGCCCACCGUGUAUGCACUUACUACCGGAAUUUCGUAAAGCAUCGAAACGUGUUGGUGAACAAGUGAACUUCGGUACAGUAGAUUGCACAAUCCAUAUGCAUUUAUGUCAACAGUCCGGCGUUAAUUCCUAUCCAACAACGAUCAUGUAUAACCAGUCAACUCAAUAUUAUUUUCAUGGACAACAUCAAGAACAAGCGAUACUUAAUUUUAUCGACGAUAUCCUUCAUCCGACUGUUAUUACAUUGGAUAAUGAUCUCUACACGAAGUUAGUAGAAAACAAAAACGUCAGUGAAAUGUGGUUAGUCGAUUUCUUUAUGCCAUGGUGUUUUCCGUGUCAACAAUUGAGUGGAGAAUGGAGAACAUUAGCAAAAUUCCUAAAAGGCAUUGCGAAUGUUGCACAAGUUGAUUGUACAGUACAAACACAUUUAUGUCAACGACAAGGUGUGCACUCGUAUCCGACUAUUCGUAUUUAUCCUCCGAACACCGAUGGAAAAGCUCACGUAUCAUAUGACAAUGGAUGGCGCGAUGCAAAUUCUUUACGAACAUGGGCGUUUCAGUUUUUACCAAGUAAAGUUCUUGAACUUGAUGGAAAGAAUUUUUCAACUACUGUCUUACGCGAUUCCAAACCUUGGGUCGUUGAUUUCUAUGCACCUUGGUGUGGACAUUGCCAUCAUUUUGCCCCAAUCUUCGAAGGCAUUGCACGCAGACUAGACGGACAUGUAAAUCUAGGCAAAGUUAAUUGCGACAACCAUCGAAAUAUUUGUGAACGAGCAUCGAUUCGUGCCUUUCCUACCAUUAAAUACUACAAAGGUUCAGAAGAUUCGAAACGACAGGAAUUUCUCGGUGAUGAAAUAGCAAACUUGGAUGCUGAGUUCAUUGUGAAUUAUGUUAAUACUCAAUUACAAGAUCAACAAAAGCAACGACAAACUUCCAAUGUUGAACACACGACUGAAUUGUGA